ACGGAAUGGCCGAAGGAAUCCCAGCUUUGCUUCUUCCUCAGCCAGUCAAAGUCCACGAGGUCAGACACACCAAGAUUUUUAUCAACAAUGAAUGGCACACAUCCAUCAGUGGAAGGACAUUUCCUACUUUCAACCCAGCGACGGGUGCCAAAAUCUGUGAUGUAGAAGAAGCAGACAAGGAAGAUGUGGAUAAAGCGGUGCAGGCAGCCAGGGCGGCCGAGCAGAGAGGCUCUCCGUGGCGGAGGAUGGACGCGUCCAGCCGCGGGAGACUGCUGCACCAACUGGCCGACCUGAUGGAGAGGGACCGGCGCCUGCUGGCGACCCUGGAGACUCUGGACACGGGGAAGCCCUUCCUGCAGUCCUUCUUCAUUGACCUGGACGGCAGCAUCAAAACCCUUCGGUACUAUGCGGGCUGGGCCGACAAGAUCCACGGCAAGAGUCUACCUGUGGAUGAAAGCUUCAUGUGUUUCACCAAACACGAGCCUGUUGGCGUAUGUGGAGCCAUCAUUCCGUGGAACUUUCCUCUGCUGAUGUUCAUGUGGAAGAUGGCCCCGGCCCUGAGCUGUGGAAACACUGUGGUCAUCAAACCAGCGGAGCAGACCCCGCUCACGGCCCUCCACAUUGGAGCGCUCAUCAAAGAGGCGGGCUUCCCUCCUGGAGUCGUGAACAUUGUUCCUGGAUUUGGUCCCACAGCAGGAGCAUCCAUCGCCAGCCACAUGGACAUCGACAAAGUGGCCUUCACUGGCUCAACAGAGAUCGGCCAGCUGAUCAAAGAAGCAUCGGCCAAAAGUAAUCUGAAGAGGGUGACUCUGGAGCUGGGAGGGAAGAACCCCUGCAUUGUGUUCGCUGACUGUGACUUGCAGCUGGCUGUGGAGGAGACCCAGAAAGGAGCUGUUUAUAACCAGGGUCAGUGCUGCACGGCUGCAUCCCGCAUCUUUGUGGAAGAAAGUAUUUAUGAGGAGUUUGUGCGUCGCAGUAUAGAAACCGCCAAGAAGAUUGUCAUAGGAGACCCCCUGGACCCUCAGACAUCACACGGGCCACAGAUCAGCCGACAACAGUUUGACAAGAUUAUGGAUCUGAUAGAGAGUGGGAAGGAGGAGGGAGCCAGGCUGGAAUAUGGAGGAUCAGCUGUGGGCGAGAAGACACUCUACAUUCAACCCACAAUCUUCUCUGGGGUCAAAGACCACAUGCGCAUCGCCAAGGAAGAGGUAUACAACCUGUUUCAAUUCACCACAGAUGGAUCUGACACAGGCAUGGAGAUCUUUGGUCCUGUCCAGUGUAUAUUCAGCUUUAAAAGGCAGCAGGAAGCCAUAGAGAGAGCAAACAACUCAAAAUAUGGCCUGGUGUCAGCAGUCUUUACAACCAGCAUGGACAGAGCUCUGACUGUGUCUGCAGCCCUGGAGACUGGCACCGUUUGGAUAAACUGCUACAAUGCCCUUCAUGCACAGACUCCCUUUGGAGGAUAUAAGAUGUCAGGCAACGGACGAGAGCUGGGAGAGUAUGCUCUGGCCGAGUACUCGGAGGUCAAAGCAGUGACCAUCAAGCUGAGUGAAACCCUGUGAGAAGAACUGGCUGAGAUGUCCAUCAAAUCACACUUCUCUCCAACCCACCCCAGUCCUUUGUCUUCAGUCAUGCUCAUGAUGUAGACAUUAGGGUUAGGCCAAGAUAUGAGUUAGUCUAAAACAGUUAAUCAGAGCCCAGAAAGAGUCAGUGUUUGUUCACCUUUUUUAUUUGUAGACGAGGAGAGGCAGCGUCAGUAAUGUCAUGACGCCACAUGGCCAACGCUGUCAUUUAUGACAGAAUCUGUCUGCACUCCUCUUUAACGCUUUAAGUCAAAGCAGUACGUCCUGAAGUAUUGGGCCUAACCAAAAGUGCACGAUAGUCUCUGUCAGUCGGUCUGUGCGCUGCAACGCUCUCCAAGGUGCUGAUCCUGCUGCUGGACACAGCGAGGGAGCUAUCCAGCAAUUUGACGCUUUUGGCCACCAUGAACUUCAACCCAGUAGCAUCCUUGUCUAAUUUUUUACUUCAACUGUUUCCUAACCUUUAGACUAUAUGGGUUGGUGUUUUUUUUCUGUUUUCUGAAUCAAAUCUCUUUUUACUCAUGAGUACCAUGUCGAGAAAAGGGCAAAGAGGGCAAAAGUUGACAUCGUGAUGAGGAUAACAAUCUGUAUAUUUAGCAGCUGUGCAAUUUAUUCACCUAAAUCCUACACACUAUAAUCUAUCGUUUAAAAGAUGCAUCCCUAAUCCCGCACUCCCUGUAGGCAGAUGUAUCGCUCCAAAAUUGGUAUAUCAGCUAGAGUUGUAUUAUCAUGCAGUCUGGUUUUGUUCCCCCUGCAGUACUUUCAGGUCUUCAGGAGUUUGAGCUUGCAAACAACACCUUGGUGGUGUUGUGCUGCCACGGUCCUCCUCUCCAUUUUGCUAACAUCCCAACUAGAGAGCUUUGUUACAUUACUAAUGAGCUAGACGACUUAGUUGGUGGCACCGACACUGUCAUAGUUGUUGUCAUCUGGUGUCACUUGGUUUCGCGGCUCCGCUAGCCCAUGCCGAUGUGUCGUUGAACAAGACGCUAAAUGCCAAAUUGCUUCGCCGUAGCUGUGUCUACGGUGUGUGAAUGUGUUGUAAAUCGCUUUGGAUAAAAGCGUCAGCUAAAUGAAAUGUAAUGUAAAAAAUUAAAACAAAUUAAAUGUAAUGCCAAAGGCAGACAUGGGCUCUCAAAAAUGUUGGCCUAUUGUAAAAAAUUCAAAUAAAAAAGAAGAAAUAUUGGUACAAAGUGUAAUGUUUUUCAAAAUGGUCAAAAACAGGUCGCAAUUUUUGAGGAUUACAAUUUGAAUCGCCAUUACGAGAAGAAACGCGCAGAGAAAUAUAACAACUUGACUGAUACAGAGCAGCACGGAUGCCUGAGGCUUUGGAGCUACGCAGAAAAAGCAACAUGCCUUUUUUUUUACCAAGCUUCACACAUCCAAGGAUGGAGCAGCCAAGACCAGCUUUGUGAUAUCCCACAAAAUGGAAAAGAACAGUAAAUUAUUCUCUGAUGUGGAGUGGAGUCUGCUGCACUACUAACUUAAUAGAUCAUGUAUUAUAAUGAUAAUCUUGUUGUAAUUAAUCACGCAGCAUAUGGAUUGUUAUUAUGUGCUUUACUUUGUUGCACAUCUACUUCUUCUUGAUGAUUCGCAGAUGUAUGAGAAAUAAAUGACGGUGUAUGUAUAAACUACUUUGCAGAUUAAGAGACAUUUCCCCUCUCAAUUUCUUGAAACUAUUAUAGAGGUAAAAUGAUUAUUACUGGCCAUUAUUUUUACCAGAGUAAAGUCUACUCUUUGUGUUCUCGGGACUCCCUGAUGCUCAUUGUCCCAAAUGACAGAACGGAAAUGGGAAAUAGGGCUUUUUGUGUACUCUGCACUCAUCCUGGAUUAUAUAUUGGAGAAUACAUUAAAACUCAAAGAAUUGAUACCACUUACUGCUUUAAAAUAUAAAAUGAAAGAAAUAGAGGCAGGUUAAAAUGUCAAUGAUUCUUCAUUAAAUUAACUGGGUUUUUUCACUGUUUCUUUUAACUUGUCUUGUUUUGUGUUUUUUUGUUUGUAACUGAGUUUCUUAUGUUUCUGCCUGUCUUGGCCAGGUCACCCUCAAAAAUGAGAUGUGUAAUCUCAAAGCGAUUCACCUGGUUAAAUAGAGGUUUAAAUAAAUACAAAUAUGUUGUA